AACGUUUAACGUGUACGCAUUUUGUGCGGUGAUUGUUUCGCCAAUUAAUUGUGGAAAGUUAUUUGAAAGGUGUUAAAAAACAUAUAAUUCGUGACUUUAGUGGUUUUACUAUAAACGUAAAAAAUGGCUCUUCCGCCAUAUAUGAUACCCCCCAACCAAUGGGCGGCCCAUAUGAUGGCUCAGCAGCAGGCCUUCGCCGUUCAGCAGGCACAAGCCCAGCAGCAUCAGGCAGCUGCCGCCCAGAUGCAUGCCCAACAACUGGCUGCCACACAAAUGCAGAUUCCGCCUCCCAUGGGACACAUUCCUCCACCGGGUCCACCAAAGCCGGAUAUUAUCCUGUCGGAGGAGAAAUUAAUCGAAAAGGCUCAAAAAUGGCAACAGCUGCAGACGAAACGCUUUGCCGAGAAGCGUAAGUUUGGAUUCGUGGAUGCCCAAAAAGAGGAUAUGCCACCUGAGCAUAUACGGAAGAUUAUCAGGGAUCACGGUGAUAUGACCAGUAGAAAAUAUCGACAUGAUAAACGAGUGUACCUUGGAGCGCUAAAGUAUAUGCCACAUGCCGUUAUGAAACUGUUGGAAAACAUGCCUAUGCCUUGGGAGCAGAUUCGUGAUGUUCCGGUUCUUUAUCAUAUUACGGGAGCGAUUACGUUUGUCAACGAAAUACCGUGGGUUAUAGAGCCGGUUUACAUCGCCCAGUGGGGAACAAUGUGGAUAAUGAUGCGUCGUGAAAAACGUGACCGACGGCACUUCAAGAGAAUGCGGUUCCCUCCUUUUGACGACGAAGAACCCCCACUGGAUUACGCAGAUAACGUGCUGGAUGUUGAACCGCUGGAAGCGAUCCAGAUCGAACUGGAUACCGAGGAAGAUGGAAGUGUUCACGAUUGGUUUUACGAGCAUCGCCCACUGAUCGGUACACCGUAUGUUAAUGGUUCCACGUAUCGGAAGUGGAACCUAACGUUGCCGCAAAUGGCCACCCUCUAUCGACUGGCGAAUCAACUGCUGACCGAUCUGGUGGAUGGCAAUUUCUUCUAUCUGUUUGAUCCGAAGAGUUUCUUCACCGCUAAAGCACUGAACAUGGCGAUUCCGGGAGGGCCGAAGUUUGAGCCUCUGAUCAAGGAUCAUAAUGUUGGGGAUGAGGAUUGGAAUGAAUUCAACGACAUUAAUAAGAUUAUUAUACGGCAGCCAAUUCGUACCGAAUAUCGCAUUGCUUUUCCGUAUCUUUACAACAAUAUGCCGCAUUUCGUGCAUCUCUCCUGGUAUCACACUCCUAAUGUAGUUUUCAUAAAAACUGAGGAUCCUGACUUACCGGCGUUCUAUUUUGAUCCGCUGAUAAACCCGAUUGCCCAUCGCCAUGCAGUUAAAUCCACCGAACCGCUUCCGGAUGACGACGAGGAGUUUACUUUGCCAGAAGAAGUGCAACCAUUCUUGCAGGAUACUCCGCUUUAUACGGAUAACACAGCCAAUGGAAUAUCGCUACUCUGGGCGCCACGUCCAUUUAAUAUGCGCUCGGGACGUUGUCGUCGUGCCAUCGACAUCCCACUGGUGAAGGGUUGGUACAAGGAACACUGUCCUCCGGGACAUCCCGUUAAGGUCCGUGUCAGCUAUCAGAAGCUACUGAAAUAUUACGUUCUGAAUGCCCUAAAACACCGGAAACCAAAACCGCAGAAGAAACGUUAUCUGUUUCGAUCAUUCAAAGCCACGAAAUUCUUUCAAACUACGACCCUCGACUGGGUGGAAGCGGGUUUGCAAGUUUGUCGCCAAGGUUACAAUAUGCUUAACCUGUUAAUUCAUCGUAAAAAUUUGAACUAUUUGCAUUUGGAUUAUAACUUUAAUUUAAAACCGGUAAAGACCCUUACCACGAAGGAGCGUAAGAAGUCCCGAUUCGGCAAUGCUUUCCAUCUGUGUCGAGAAAUAUUGCGCUUAACCAAGCUGAUUAUCGAUUCUCAUGUCCAGUAUCGGUUGAACAACGUUGAUGCCUUCCAGCUGGCCGAUGGGUUGCAGUACAUAUUUGCCCACGUCGGACAACUUACCGGCAUGUAUCGGUACAAGUACAAGCUGAUGAGGCAAAUUCGUAUGUGCAAGGAUUUGAAGCACUUAAUCUACUAUCGGUUUAAUACGGGUCCCGUGGGCAAAGGGCCUGGCUGCGGCUUCUGGGCUCCGGGGUGGCGUGUGUGGCUGUUCUUUAUGCGAGGAAUCACUCCACUGUUGGAGCGUUGGUUGGGCAAUUUGCUCUCCCGUCAGUUCGAAGGUCGUCACUCGAAGGGAGUUGCGAAAACCGUUACCAAGCAGCGUGUUGAGUCGCAUUUCGAUUUGGAGCUGCGUGCGUCCGUUAUGCACGACAUUGUGGACAUGAUGCCGGAAGGAAUCAAACAAAACAAGGCACGAACCAUUCUUCAACAUCUUUCGGAAGCUUGGCGCUGUUGGAAGGCAAACAUUCCGUGGAAAGUUCCCGGACUACCGAUCCCAAUCGAAAACAUGAUUCUGCGAUACGUAAAAAUGAAGGCCGAUUGGUGGACUAACACGGCGCACUACAAUCGUGAACGUAUCCGACGCGGUGCUACCGUAGACAAAACAGUUUGCAAAAAGAACUUGGGUCGUCUAACGCGAUUGUACUUAAAGGCCGAACAGGAACGACAGCACAACUACUUGAAAGAUGGUCCGUACAUUUCGCCGGAGGAAGCUGUCGCAAUCUACACUACCACAGUGCAUUGGUUGGAGUCGCGCCGAUUUGCUCCGAUUCCCUUCCCACCGCUGUCGUAUAAACACGAUACAAAACUGUUGAUUUUGGCUUUGGAACGUUUGAAAGAAGCCUACAGCGUCAAGUCACGACUCAACCAAAGCCAGCGUGAGGAAUUGGGACUUAUCGAACAGGCAUACGAUAAUCCACAUGAAGCUUUGUCCAGAAUCAAGCGUCACCUGCUUACUCAGAGAGCAUUUAAAGAGACUGGUAUAGAAUUUAUGGAUUUGUACAGUCACUUGAUUCCGGUUUAUGAUGUGGAACCGCUGGAGAAAAUUACCGAUGCUUAUCUUGAUCAGUAUCUCUGGUACGAGGCAGACAAGCGCCGUCUGUUCCCGCCAUGGAUUAAACCAAGUGACACGGAACCACCACCGCUGCUAGUGUACAAGUGGUGCCAAGGCAUCAACAACCUGCAGGACGUGUGGGAUGUAUCGGAAGGCGAAUGUAAUGUGCUACUCGAAUCACGCUAUGAAAAGUUGUACGAAAAGAUCGAUUUAACCCUGCUGAAUCGACUGCUGCGGUUGAUCGUCGAUCAUAACAUUGCCGAUUACAUGACGGCCAAAAACAACGUCGUAAUUAACUACAAGGACAUGAACCACACGAACAGUUACGGAAUCAUCCGGGGGCUGCAGUUUGCUUCGUUCAUCGUGCAGUACUACGGGCUGGUGUUGGAUCUGCUGGUACUGGGCUUACAGCGGGCCAGCGAAAUGGCCGGCCCGCCGCAGAUGCCGAACGAUUUCCUCACGUUCCAGGAUGUGGCCACCGAAACGUGUCACCCGAUUCGGCUGUACUGUCGGUACGUGGAUCGGAUUCAUAUCUUUUUCCGAUUUACGGCUGAGGAGGCACGCGAUUUGAUUCAGCGCUAUUUGACCGAACAUCCCGAUCCGAACAAUGAGAACAUCGUUGGGUAUAAUAAUAAGAAGUGUUGGCCUCGCGAUGCUCGGAUGCGACUGAUGAAACAUGACGUAAAUUUGGGUCGCGCUGUGUUUUGGGAUAUCAAGAAUCGUUUACCCCGUUCAGUAACCACGGUUCAGUGGGAUAACACGUUUGUUUCGGUGUAUUCGAAGGACAAUCCAAACUUGCUGUUUAACAUGUGCGGAUUUGAGUGCAGGAUUUUACCUAAGUGUCGCACCCAAAACGAAGAGUUCACUCACAGGGAUGGCGUGUGGAAUUUACAAAACGAAGUAACCAAGGAACGUACGGCACAGUGUUUCCUUCGAGUGGAUGAUGAAUCGUUAUCUCGAUUCCACAACCGAGUCCGGCAGAUUCUGAUGGCUUCCGGAUCUACUACGUUUACUAAAAUUGUAAACAAAUGGAACACGGCGUUGAUUGGAUUGAUGACGUACUUCCGGGAGGCAGUCGUUAACACCCAGGAACUGUUGGAUUUGUUGGUGAAGUGCGAAAACAAAAUUCAAACGCGUAUCAAGAUUGGUUUGAACUCGAAAAUGCCUUCCCGUUUCCCGCCGGUGGUUUUCUACACUCCAAAGGAGUUGGGUGGAUUGGGUAUGUUGAGUAUGGGACACGUCCUGAUUCCGCAAUCGGAUUUGCGUUGGUCUAAACAGACUGAUACCGGAAUUACACAUUUCCGAUCGGGUAUGUCCCACGACGAAGAUCAACUGAUUCCGAAUUUGUAUCGGUAUAUUCAACCGUGGGAGAGUGAGUUUAUAGACUCUCAGCGAGUGUGGGCCGAAUAUGCACUCAAGCGGCAGGAGGCGAAUGCUCAAAACAGACGAUUGACAUUGGAAGAUUUGGAAGACAGCUGGGAUAGGGGUAUCCCUAGAAUCAAUACGCUGUUCCAGAAGGAUCGUCACACGUUAGCAUAUGACAAAGGUUGGAGAAUCAGGACGGAAUUCAAACAGUAUCAGGUUCUGAAACAGAAUCCCUUCUGGUGGACACAUCAGCGACACGAUGGCAAACUGUGGAAUUUGAACAACUACCGUACGGACAUGAUUCAGGCUCUUGGUGGCGUAGAGGGUAUUCUGGAACACACACUCUUUAAGGGUACAUAUUUCCCCACAUGGGAAGGUCUUUUCUGGGAGAAGGCUUCCGGAUUCGAAGAGUCGAUGAAGUAUAAGAAACUGACCAACGCGCAGCGGUCUGGUUUGAACCAGAUUCCCAAUCGUCGAUUCACGCUUUGGUGGUCACCAACCAUCAACCGAGCUAACGUGUACGUUGGUUUCCAGGUACAGCUGGAUCUGACAGGUAUUUUCAUGCAUGGUAAAAUUCCCACUUUGAAAAUUUCUCUCAUUCAAAUAUUCCGUGCUCACUUGUGGCAAAAGAUUCACGAAUCUAUCGUGAUGGACCUUUGUCAGGUAUUCGAUCAGGAAUUAGACGCGCUUGAAAUCGAAACCGUUCAAAAAGAAACGAUUCACCCUAGGAAGUCGUACAAAAUGAACUCUUCUUGUGCGGAUAUCCUGCUGUUCCCUGCUUAUAAGUGGAACGUUUCACGACCUUCUUUGCUAGCCGAUACAAAAGACACAAUGGAUAAUACUACCACUCAAAAGUACUGGUUGGACGUUCAACUGAGAUGGGGUGACUACGAUUCUCACGAUGUUGAGCGAUAUGCUCGAGCCAAGUUCUUGGAUUACACCACAGACAACAUGUCCAUUUAUCCAUCGCCAACCGGAGUCCUUAUUGCGAUCGAUUUGGCCUACAAUCUUCACAGCGCUUAUGGAAAUUGGUUCCCAGGAUGCAAACCGCUUAUUCAACAAGCUAUGGCUAAAAUAAUGAAGGCAAAUCCUGCCCUUUAUGUGCUUCGAGAACGUAUUCGUAAGGCCCUUCAGUUGUACAGCUCUGAACCGACGGAACCCUAUCUUUCAUCACAGAACUAUGGAGAGCUGUUUUCCAACCAGAUUAUCUGGUUUGUGGACGACACCAAUGUGUAUCGUGUGACGAUCCACAAGACAUUCGAAGGAAAUUUGACUACCAAACCGAUCAACGGUGCAAUUUUCAUCUUCAAUCCUCGAACGGGUCAGCUAUUCUUGAAAAUCAUUCACACUUCCGUGUGGGCUGGUCAAAAACGUCUUGGCCAAUUGGCUAAGUGGAAGACGGCAGAAGAAGUGGCUGCCCUUAUUCGAUCACUUCCCGUCGAAGAACAACCCAAGCAAAUCAUUGUCACCAGAAAAGGUAUGUUGGAUCCGCUUGAGGUGCAUUUGCUCGAUUUCCCCAACAUUGUCAUCAAAGGAUCGGAACUGCAGUUACCAUUCCAGGCUUGUUUGAAGGUGGAAAAGUUCGGUGAUUUGAUUCUAAAGGCAACCGAACCACAAAUGGUACUGUUCAAUUUGUAUGACGAUUGGUUGAAGACAAUUUCGUCCUACACGGCAUUCUCCCGAUUGAUCCUUAUCCUGCGUGCUUUGCACGUUAAUACCGAGCGAACAAAAGUGAUUCUAAAACCGGAUAAAACUACCAUUACCGAGGCGCAUCACAUUUGGCCCACGCUAAGCGAUGAAGAAUGGAUCAAGGUUGAAGUUCAGCUGAAGGAUUUGAUUCUUGCCGAUUACGGCAAGAAGAACAAUGUAAACGUUGCUUCGCUAACGCAGUCCGAAAUUCGUGACAUCAUAUUGGGUAUGGAAAUUUCCGCCCCGUCGGCUCAGCGCCAACAGAUUGCCGAAAUCGAAAAACAAACCAAGGAACAGUCUCAACUGACGGCCACCACCACGCGAACAACCAACAAACACGGAGAUGAGAUAAUUACGUCAACAACUAGUAACUACGAAACCACUACGUUCAGUUCUAAAACCGAGUGGCGUGUGCGAGCUAUUUCGGCAACCAACCUGCACCUCCGUACUAACCACAUUUAUGUUAGUUCCGACGACAUUAAGGAAACCGGUUACACGUAUAUCCUGCCGAAGAACAUUCUCAAAAAAUUCGUCACCAUUUCCGAUUUGCGUGCGCAAAUUGCCGGUUAUCUGUACGGUGUGAGUCCACCCGAUAACCCUCAGGUCAAAGAAAUUCGCUGCAUCGUUAUGCCACCACAGUGGGGCACCCAUCAACAAAUCAACCUCCCGAAUUCGCUUCCCUCUCACCAGUAUCUGAAGGACAUGGAACCUCUCGGCUGGAUUCACACCCAACCAAACGAGUUACCCCAACUGUCACCGCAGGACAUAACAACACACGCAAAAAUAAUGUCCGAAAAUCCAACCUGGGACGGGGAGAAAACCAUCAUCAUUACCUGCUCAUUCACACCCGGAUCGUGCUCGCUGACGGCGUACAAACUGACCCCCUCCGGUUACGAGUGGGGUCACAAAAACACCGAUAAGGGCAAUAACCCGAAGGGUUACCUACCGUCGCACUACGAACGCGUUCAGAUGUUGCUGUCGAACAAGUUCCUGGGCUUCUUUAUGGUCCCCGGGCAGGGCAGCUGGAAUUACAACUUUAUGGGUGUGCGGCACGAUCCGAACAUGAAGUACGAGCUGCAGCUAGCGAAUCCGAAAGAGUUCUACCACGAGGUACAUCGGCCGUCCCAUUUCUUGCUGUUUUCCAGUUUGGAAGAAGGAGGAGACGGAAACGGAGCCGAUAGGGAGGAUUUGUAUGCGUAAAUGUUUUGGUGAGCGCAAUGAUCGAGCGUGGAGUGUGCGAUUUCGAGCACUUGUAAAUAUACAAUUAUCAUGUAUGACUAAAAUAAUACUGUUCAGAAUAAAGCAUC